AUGCCACGCGUACUGCAGAAAAGGUUAGAGCAAAACGACAAAGAUAACAGGAAAUGGCGGGAGGAGGAGGACCAAGGGCAGGAGGAGGAGGAGGAGGAGGAGGAGGAGGAGGAGGAGGAGGAGGAGGAGGAGGAGGAGGAGGAGGAGGAGGAGGAGGAGGAGGAGGAGGAGGAGGAGGAGGAGGAGGAGGAGGAGGAGGAGGAGGAGGAGGAGGAAGAGGAGGAAGAGGAGGAGGAAGAGGAGGAGGAAGGGAGGAGGAGGGAGGAAGCAGGAAGAAGAGGAGGAGGGACAGGAAGAGGAGGAGGGAGGAAGCAGGAAGAAGAGGAGGAGGAGGGACGGGAGAAGGAGAAGGGAGGAAGCAGGAAGAAGAGGAGGAGGAGGAAGGACGGGAGAAGGAGGAGGGAGGAAGCGGGAAGAAGGAGAGGAGGAGGAAGGCGGGAGGAGGAGGAGGAGGAGGAAGCAGGAAGAAGAGGAGGAGGCGGGAGGGUCGUUGCUGGCGAGGCUACUCCCACAAGCCACAGACCCAUAGGGGAGGAGGAGGGGGAGAAGGAGGAGGGAGGAGGAGGAGGAGGAGGAGGAGGAGGAGGAGGAGGAGGAGGAGGAGGAGGAGGAGGAGGAGGAGGAGGAGGAGGAGGAGGAGGAGGAGGAGGAGGAGGAGGAAUGGGACGCGGGGAACGGUUCAGGGAGCAAAAGUGGGAGACGAGGGCAAGAGGGAACUUAGCGGUUGUUGGAGAAGAGAAGAGCAGAGCAGCACCUCGCCACCUCCUUGGCAGCAGCGCUGCCUCCAACACAGCAGCACCGCCUCCAACACAGCAGCACCGCUCCAACACAGCAGCACCACCGCUCCAACACAGCAGCACCACCGCUCCAACACAGCAGCACCGCUCCAACACAGCAGCACCGCUCCAACACAGCAGCACCGCUUCAACACAGCAGCACCGCCUUUUACACAGAAGCACCGCCUCCAACACAGCAGCAACGCCAGUCAACGUCAUGCUUCCAUGGACGCAGCAGCAACGCGCCAGCACCAACGCCUGUGAGCCAUCUCCUCUCGCCCGCACCAACGCAGCAGUCAGCAUCAUCUCUCGCUAG